AUGUGGAGACGGAACCCACAGCUGAUGCCGAUAGUGUUGUCGGGUGCAUGCGCUGCAAUACUCUCGCUUUUUAUCGUUACUGUACUGUUCGAAGGUCUGAGGGCAAUUUGUAGUUUGGCUUCGUGGACGUCGACACUCGCUGCAGUUGUGGUGUGCACGCAGGUGGUAGUACAGUUCCUCCUCAAGGUAGCCGUUUCCUGGGGAUGGGUUGUAAUACAGUAUAGGCUUCGAAAGGAGAACCAGGUGCUUGUUUGGUCCGAAUGCCGUUUUGCUCCCGUGUCGGGUGCGGUUGGCCUCGGUUUUGGGAUGACCGCAACGUGGGCGACUGGCGGCGUGUUGUUCGACGCCUUUCGGCAGCUCCCUCACUUUAGUGAGCGCGCCGCGGCAUACGACCUCGACGCCUGCCCGCAGCUCCCCCUUCUCGUGCACAGCAGCCUGCAGUGUGCGAUGCUGACGUUAUGUCAUGUUUCAUGGGGUAUUAUGACUGGCCAGCCUGCCGCGGCGCUUGCGCAGCAAGGCGUGCGAUCGUACCUGAGGGGGCUGCGUAGGCGUUUGCGGCCGUUGUACGUCCCGAUGCGUGCAGUCAACGUCGUCGACGUCACCCUCGAGGUCGAUGGCGGCCUGCAUGAUGCCGAGCAAUCUGAAAAUGCGCGCGAGGAUGCGGAGACGAAUUUGGGCACCGAAGACUCCAUGAGCGCCGUCGUAGCGGAUGUCGCGGGAACAAAGUCAACGCCUGAGGCAUUAACAACCGAUCUACCGCCGCUGAUGCGAGAGGAAGUAGAGGGCGGCCUACGGGAUCGUGUGGAGUCCCAGGAAAGAGCCCCCACGAUGAGGCCACGCGAAGGUGCACCAGCCCAUCCCUUGAAUGUUGGACUUAAGCAGACUGUGGCGGCGACCGUGGGGACCACUUCGGAUGCUGCGACUGCAGCCAAUCCAUUUGAGAGUUCUCUUUAUCGAUACAACGGUAUCAUUCCGAUGGAUACGAUCUUCUUAUCACAUCUCGACUUUGCCUUUUCAAGCCUUGUAUCUGCUUUUAUUCUACAGACAGUAUUUUCGAUGAUGUCGAUAGUGCAUUCGGGAGCGCUGGAUAUCGCUACAGGAGCGGAGGUCACAACGCGUGGGUGUGUUGUGUCACUUCCAAUUCAGCUUGUCGUGCUAACAGUAUCUGUUUUGUGGGCGCUAUGGACACUACGUGAGGAGAGGGUGAAGAUUGACUGA